AUGAAGAACGUUGUCGCCCCCUUCGCGGCGCUCGUCACCGCGCUCAGCGUGUCGGUGUCGGCGCUCGCCCCGCUCGAGCGCAACCUGGCCUACCGCUCGCCCUCGCUCUCGCUGAGCAACGGCGACGGACUCGGCCACGACAUCGAGCACAUUGGCGCCCAGAUCCGCAAGCGUGCCUACGACGACUACGUCACCUCGAAGGUCGAGGGCAAGGCCAGAAGGAACAACGCAAAGGGCAAGACCGAAGCCGACUUCCUCGUCGAAAAGUACGAUGGCGACUACGGCUCCGACGGCCGCGACGCGUACAAGGGCAAGGUCAGCUUCACCUACGGCGUGGCUGCAGGUGACCCGUACCCGGACUCGGCCAUCCUCUGGACGCACCCCGUGCCCGAGGAUGCCAACACCACCCUCCCUGUCUGCCUGCGCUACCAGACCUCGCGCAGCGAGAGCGACUGGUCCAAGGCCAACCUGGUCGACGACAGCUACGCCUGGACCACCAGCGAGGUCGACUACUCUUUCAAGGUCGAGACGUCUGGUCUGCAGCCCAAGACGCAGUACUACUACCGCUUCUUCUCGUGCCACGACGAUUCGGUCGUCUCGCCCGUCGGCAGCUUCAAGUCCAUCCCGGAGUACAACGACGAGGAGGUCGACUCGCUCAAGCUCGCCGUCUUCUCGUGCUCCAACCUGCCCUUUGGCUACUUCAACGCCUACCGUGCGGCUGCCGCCCGCAAGAACGCCGACUACUUUGUCCACGUCGGCGACUACAUCUACGAGGCUCGUGGUGACGGUCAGAAGGUGGCUGGCGAGAACACGUACGGUGAUGGCCGGGCGCUCAACCGUGUCCCUGAGCCUGAUCACGAGAUUGUGACCCUCGAAGACUACCGUCUGCGUUACGGCUCGUACCGCAAGGAUAAGGACCUGCAGGCCCUCCACGGCAGUGUGGCCUUCUUUGGCAUCUGGGACGACCACGAGGUUGCCGACAACUCGUACAACCACGGCACCGCCGACGGUAACAACACCGACACCGGUGCGGUUCGCGGCGUGCGCUUCACCGAGCGCAAGCUCGCUGCAGUCAAGGCAUACUACGAGUGGAUGCCCAUCCGUCAGGUCGACACCACCGACUCGCUGCGCAUCUGGCGCAGCUUCCGCUACGGCAAGCUCGCCGACCUCUUCCUGCUGGACACGCGCAACUUUGACCGCGACCUCACCGAUGUCUACUGGAACACGGAUGCCGUGGCUGCGAUCAGCAACGACACCGACCGCUCGCUCAUGGGCGGCAAGCAGGAGCAGUGGCUCUACUCGGGCCUCGUCAACUCGGAGAGCCGCGGUGCCACCUGGAAGAUCGUUGCGCAGCAGAUCAUCGUCAACUGGCAAAACUACGGCACGCCGUCGUUCAUAUACAACUACGACGCCUGGCAGGGAUACCGUGCCAAUCGUCGUCGCUUCUUCGACACGAUUGUCAACAACAACGUCGAUAACACCGUCAUCCUUGCUGGCGACUCGCACGCCAACUGGGUGUACGACACCGUGCCCGAGGACCGUCUCAACACCACCGCCUACGACCCCACCACGGGCGAAGGCUCGAUCGCCGUCGAAUUUGCCGGCACCGCUGUCUCGUCGCCCUCUUCGUACGGUGCCAACCUGACGCAGGAGAAGUACCUCAAGCGCGCGCAGGACCUCGUCACCGUCAACCGCAACCUUCAGUGGGCCGAGGGUGGCACGCGCGGCUACUUUGAGAUCGAGUUCAGCAAGGACGAGUGCAACGCCCAGUUCUACGGCUACGUCAACAACACCAACCCCAACGCCCCGGAACAGCUCAUCGCACAGUUCAACGUCAAGAAGGGCGCCAACAAGCUCACGCGCCCCAUCAACUACGGCAUCACGCCCAGCUCCGGCGCGCUCCAGUCGCAGGCCGUCGACUACACCAAGCAGAAGUGGAACGGCACCGCUUUCGUCGCCCAGAACUAG